AUGAUAAUGAUGAUGAUGAUGAUGAUGAUGAUGAUGAUGAUGAUGAUGAUGAUGAUGAUGAUGAUGAUGAUGAUGAUGAUGAUGAUGAUGAUGAUGAUGAUGAUGAUGAUGAUGAUGAUGAUGAUGAUGAUGAUGAUGAUGAUGAUGAUGAUGAUGAUGAUGAUGAUGAUGAUGAUGAUGAUGAUGAUGAUGAUGAUGAUGAUGAUGAUGAUGAUGAUGAUGAUGAUGAUGAUGAUGAUGAUGAUGAUGAUGAUGAUGAUGAUGAUGAUGAUGAUGAUGAUGAUGAUGAUGAUGAUGAUGAUGAUGAUGAUGAUGAUGAUGAUGAUGAUGAUGAUGAUGAUGAUGAUGAUGAUGAUUUGGAUGAUGACGAUAAUCGAUUUUGUAUUUAAUAAAUUAAGAACAUGUAUUAUGUAUGUUAUUGACAGGAUUCAUUCCUUUUUGAAAUGUACUCCGGACAUACAACAAUGUGUAUGA